AUGGCCGAAUACUGGAUCUCGAAAAAGCAGUACUGGUGCAAGUACUGUAACAUCUUCGUCCGCGAUGACGCGCCAUCCAAGGCUCUCCAUGAGGGCGGCGGCAAGCACCAGGGCAACAAGGAGCGCUUCAUUCGUGACAUUUACAAAACAGGUGUCCGCGAUAAGCGUGCCAAAGAGGAGGAGGCGCGGACAAUCGCUCAAAUUGAAGCUGCCGCCAAAACAUCGCACGCAUCCAAGGAUGGUGGCGAGUAUGCCGGACGCCCUGUGGCUUCUCGACCCGCCGCUGCUGGUUCAUCGUCACGGCCACCGCGCCCCAAGCCCGCUGGCGACAAGUGGGCCAACUAUAGCUCUGCGGCGUCUCUCGGCUUUGACGAUGAGGAGACCAAGUUGAGCAGCUUCGAGAUUGAGCAGAUGGUGCGAGGACGAGGGACGAACGUUGGCGAGUGGGAAGAAGUCAAGGAAGCGGCGCCUGCAAUGACGUAUACCGAGGACGGAGUGCCGGCUCUCGACCUCAAGCGCAAGGCCGAGGAAGAGGAGGACCACAAUAACUUCAAGUUUCAGCACCGUGACAAGCGACCAGCCCACGACGUGUAUGACGAUGACGACUGGGAUCCCAAGGCAGCGUUGGGUUCAAUCAAGCUCAAGACCAAGGAGAAGAAGCUUGGAGAGGCUGCCCCGGAGUCUGAGCCUGCGGUGAAGAAGGAGGAGGCGACGGAGAAGGCUGGAUUCAGCAAAGUCGGUUGGAGUGGCAAGCUGGACAUGACUGAGGGCGACCCCGUCAAGGAGGAGCCCAAAGAUGAGGGCGAUGCUAAGCCAGCAUUGGACGAUGUGGCCGAGCCCACAGCCGAGUCCAAGGUCGUCGAGCCUGCGACCGAAAUCAAGACCGAGGCCGCCGCUCCAGAAACCGUGGCCGCUGCUCCUGAACCUGCCCCGUCGUCUGGAGCUAGUAUGUUCAAGAAGCGCCGCCCUCCUCCUUCAAGUCGUAAAAAGUAG